AAGAUACACGACGGGUGACGAAAACUACGUUCUCUUUUAUAUGCGCAUUCCUCUUUCAAUCGUCUCUCAUCAGUUUUCAAUUACCAUCUCUUUGAUCUUGGUUGCUCUUUCAUCAAACCCAUAUCUCCAUCUCUCUGUUAAAAAAUCCUCCUCUGUUUCGUUCAGUGUAGCCAAUUCCAAUUCAGGGCAUGUAACUCGCUCCAAAAAAUCAAGGUUUCAAGAGAAUGACAACAGAGGAAAGAGAUGAAGAAGCUUCACGCUCAGGGAACAGCUCAAGCAGCAACAACUUCCGCGAAAGAAUCAGAGAAAUCAAGUGGGCUUCACUGGUGAAAAUGUCCAAACAAUGGCUAAGAAACCCACUCAACAUGGCUCUCUUCUUAUGGAUCCUAGUGGUCGCCGUCUCCGGAGCCAUCCUCUUCAUGGUCAUGACAGGCAUGUUAAACGCCGUCUUACCCAAAAAGUCACAGAGAGACGUCUGGUUCGAAGUCAACAACCAGAUCCUCAACGCUCUCUUCACUCUCAUGUGUCUCUACCAGCACCCGAAACGGUUUCACCACCUCGUCCUCCUCUGCAGAUGGAAGCAAGAAGACGAUGUCACAGCCCUUAGGAAGAUAUACUGCGAAAAAGGAACGCAUAAACCCAACGAGAGGUUCCACAUGAUGGUGGUUGUUCUCUUGCUUCAUUUAAACUGUUUCGCGCAGUACGCGCUUUGUGGUUUAAACUUGGGGUUUAGAAGAUCAGAGAGGCCUCCCGUUGGUGUAGGGAUAUGCGUUUCCGUUGCCAUAGCUUCUCCUGCAGUUGCUGGUUUGUACACUAUCCUUAGCCCCCUUGGGAAAGAGUAUGGAGACGAGGAGAAUCAAAUGGAUCGAAAGGUAUCUUUAGAAAGGAGAUACUCGUUUGCUUCGAGAGGGGAUGAUGAGAGUGAUCUUGAAUGGAGAGGAGGAGUUCUUGACAUAUGGGAAGAUAUUAAAGUUUCGUACCUCUCGCUGCUUUGUACUUUCUGUGUGUUUGGUUGGAACAUGGAGAGGGUUGGGUUCGGGAACAUGUACGUUCACAUCGCGACUUUUGUUCUCUUCUGUUUGGCUCCUUUCUUUAUAUUCAACUUGGCUGCUAUCAACAUCGAUAACGAGGUAGUUAGGGAAGGGCUUGGAUACAUGGGGAUUGUGCUUUGUGUGUUUGGUUUGCUCUACGGUGGGUUUUGGAGGAUUCAGAUGAGGAAGAGGUUUAAGUUGCCUGGUUAUAGCUUCUGCUGCGGGAGGCCUGCGGUUGCUGAUUGCACGCUUUGGUUGUUUUGUUGCUGGUGCUCUUUGGCUCAGGAAGUGAGGACUGCUAAUGCUUAUGAGAUUGUGGAGGAUAAGCUUUGUAAAAGAAGAGAAGAGGAGGUCAAGGUUGAUGAAGAUGGUGUGAUUGAUCCGAGUUGCUUGCCUGAGAAGAUGAAAGGUGAUGAAGCUCUAAGUCCACCUUCUCCUCCAUUCAUACACAGAGAAGCUACUUAGAGCUUUUUAUUGGUUUUGAGGGAAAUAGAAAGCAUGUAAAACCUGGUUCUAUGAUCGAUACGUUUAUACUACGGUUCAUGCAUUAUCUUUAACUUCUAAUGGAAUUUGCUCAUUCUAGUUCUAAUGGAAUUUAAGUUUUAAUA